AUGUUUUCUGAUGGUAAUGAUGAUGACGAUGAUGUUUCCGACGGUACUUGGAGUAACAAUGAAGAGUCGUCCUACGAGAUCGAACUUCAGGUUCGUGGCCUCUCUCAAUCUACUCACCGAUCCUCACUUCUCUCUUUUUUUCUUUCUCUUCUCUCUCUCUUUUUUUUUUCUUUGUCUACUCUCUCUCUCUUUUUUUUUUUUUUUUCUCUUCUCUCUCUUUUUUUUUUUCUUUGUCUACUCUCUCUCUCUUCUUUUUUCUUUGUCUACUCUCUCUCUCUCUUUUUUUUUUUUUUCUUUUCUUUGUCUCUCUCUCUUUUUUUCUUUGUCUCUCUCUCUCUCUUCUCUUUUUCUUUUCACUCUCUUCUCUUUUUCUCUCUCUCUCUUUUUUUUUUUUCUUUGUCUUUUUUUACUCUCUCUCUCUUUUUUUCUUUGUCUCUUUUUUUUUUUCUUUGUCUACUCUCUCUUUUUUUCUUUGUCUACUCUCUCUCUUUUUUUCUUUGUCUACUCUCUCUCUUUUUUUCUUUGUCUACUCUCUCUCUUUUUUUCUUUGUCUACUCUCUCUCUUUUUUUCUUUGUCUACUCUCUCUCUUUUUUUUUUUUGUCUUUUACUCUCUCUCUCUUUUUUUUUCUUUUUUUUCUCUUUUUCUUUUUUUUUUUUCUUCUUUUUUUUUGUCUUCUCUCUCUCUUUUUUUUUCUUUUUUUUUUGUUUUUGUCUACUCUCUUUUUUUUUGUCUCUUUUUUUUUCUUUGUCUCUCUCUCUCUCUUUUUUCUUUUUUUUUCUUUUUCUCUCUCUUUCUCUUUUUUUCUUUUGUCUACUCUCUUUUUUUUUUUUGUCUCUUUUUCUUUGUCUCUCUCUCUUUUUUUCUUUUUUCUCUCUUUUUUUUUUUGUCUCUCUCUCUCUUUUUUCUUUGUCUCUCUCUCUUUUUUUUCUUUUUUUUCUUUUCUUUCUUCUCUCUCUCUCUCUUUUUUCUUUGUCUACUCUCUCUCUUUUUUUCUUUCUCUCUCUUCUUUUCUCUCUCUCUCUUUUUUUUUUUUUUCUCUUCUUUUUUUCUUUGUCUCUCUCUCUUUUUUUUCUUUGUCUACUCUUUUUUUCUUUCUCUUCUCUUUUUUUUUCUUCUCUCUCUCUUGUCUACUUCUCUCUUUUUUUUUCUUCUUUUUUCUCUCUCUCUCUUUUUUCUCUCUCUCUCUCUUUUUCUUUCUCUCUCUUCUUUUUUUCUUUGUCUCUCUCUCUCUUUUCUCUCUCUCUCUCUUCUCUCUCUCUCUUUUCUUUUUUUCUUUGUCUCUCUCUCUCUUUUUUCUUUCUUCUCUCUCUUUUCUCUUUUUCCUUCUCUCUCUUUUUUCUUUUCUCUCUUCUCUCUUUUUUCUUUUUCUCUCUCUCUUCUCUUUCUUUCUUUCUUUCUCUUCUCUCUCUUUCUCUUUCUCUCUUUCUCUUCUCUCUCUUUUUUCUCUCUCUCUUUCUCUUCUCUCUCUUCUCUCUUCUCUCUUUCUCUCUCUUUUCUUUUCUCUCUCUUUUCUUCUCUCUUCUCUUCUUCUCUCUCUUCUCUCUCUCUUUUCUCUUCUCUUCUCUCUCUCUUUCUCUUUCUCUUUUCUCUCUUCUCUUCUCUCUCUUUCUCUUCUCUCUUCUCUCUCUUUCUCUUCUCUCUUCUCUCUCUUUCUCUUCUCUCUUCUCUCUUCUCUCUUCUCUCUUUCUCUUCUUUCUCUCUUUCUCUUACUUCUCUCUCUUUCUCUUACUUCUCUCUCUUUCUCUUACUUCUCUCUCUUUCUCUUACUUCUCUCUUACUCUAG